CCUCCAGGCUUCCCCAGGGCCCCUGGCUCCGCAGGCAGGCAGAAGUGGGAGCUGCAGUGCGGGACUGAAGAGGUUAAUGUUCAUCUGCUUCCGAAUGUUAAUGUGUCUAGGUGAUGUCAGUGGGAACCAGGAAGGAGGGAGUGGGAAGCGCAUCGGGCUUGGAGGCAGCAGAGGCUGCCAGCUGCCCAGGCAGACCCCUUUCGGGACUGCAGGGUCGCGCUCCAGGACAGGGCGCGCGGGCGCAGGAGGCUGCCGCAGCCUGCGUGGGCGGGCGGGCCAGCAGGCGACAGGCUCUGGCAGGAUGGACCUGGAAGCCUUGCUGCUGACCACUGGCCCCAAUGCCAGCAACACCUCGGAUAGCCCGGAUAACCUCACCUCGGCCGGGUCGCCUCCUCGCACAGGCGGUGUCUCCUACAUCAACAUCAUCAUGCCUUCGGUGUUUGGCACCAUCUGCCUCCUGGGUAUCGUGGGGAACUCCACCGUCAUCUUCGCGGUGGUGAAGAAGUCCAAGCUGCGCUGGUGCAGCAACGUCCCGGACAUCUUCAUCAUCAACCUCUCAGUGGUGGACCUGCUCUUUCUCCUGGGUAUGCCCUUCAUGAUCCACCAGCUCAUGGGCAAUGGCGUCUGGCACUUUGGAGAGACCAUGUGCACCCUCAUCACGGCCAUGGACGCCAACAGCCAGUUCACCAGCACCUACAUCCUGACUGCCAUGGCCAUCGACCGCUACCUGGCCACCGUCCACCCUAUCUCCUCCACCAAGUUCCGGAAGCCUUCUGUGGCCACCCUGGUGAUUUGCCUCCUGUGGGCCCUCUCCUUCAUCAGCAUAACCCCUGUGUGGCUCUAUGCCAGGCUCAUCCCCUUCCCAGGGGGCACAGUGGGCUGUGGCAUCCGCCUGCCCAACCCAGACACUGACCUCUACUGGUUCACCUUGUACCAGUUUUUCCUGGCCUUUGCCUUGCCCUUUGUGGUCAUCACGGCUGCAUAUGUGAGGAUCCUGCAGCGCAUGACUUCCUCCGUGGCUCCUGCCUCUCAACGCAGCAUCCGGCUGCGGACAAAGAGGGUGACCCGCACAGCCAUUGCCAUCUGCCUGGUCUUCUUUGUAUGCUGGGCGCCCUACUACGUGCUCCAGCUGACCCAGUUGUCCAUCAGCCGCCCAACGCUCACCUUUGUCUACCUGUACAAUGCGGCCAUCAGCUUGGGCUAUGCCAAUAGCUGCCUCAACCCCUUUGUGUACAUCGUGCUCUGUGAGACGUUCCGCAAACGCUUGGUCCUGUCGGUGAAGCCUGCAGCCCAGGGGCAGCUUCGAGCCGUCAGCAAUGAUGAAAGGACAGAAAGCAAGGGUACCUGACACUUGCCCUGCCACCCUGGGCACUUCCAAGUCAGAAUGCCACAGCAGACCACGGGGAGAGAUGCUGAUAAAAACACAAGACUGGUCUGGGAGAAGGCAGGGGGGAUGGGUAGUGCCACCAAACACCUUCCACAGGGCCCACAAAUUGCUGGGAAGGCUCCAAGCCAGGUUGGGGACUUCAAGCAUCAGAAAUUCCCUUGCGAGAGUGGGAUGGAACUUUUGGGU